AACAUUAAAAUUGAACAUUUAGAAAACGGUGUUUCAUUUUUUUCAUUACAAUUGUCAUGCCGCCGAGAUCUCCAGAUUCGUUUCAAAUAGUUUUGAACUUAAUCAGAGUGAUAAAACAACACCCAAUCUUGUACAUUUCCGAAGUUAAGGGCAAUGUGGUGAAACCCCAGGAGUUUCGUCAAAAAGUUUGGAAAAGAAUAUCGAACGAGUUAGGCUUGGACAUUUCCUGGGUCAAACAAAAGUGGAAAAACCUAAGGGAUACAUACUGUAGAAUAUUAAAGUACAAAAACAAGACGCCGAAAGAAUUGAAGAGAAAAAAAUGGGUAUUCGAACCACACUUGGAUUUCUUAAAGAUCCCUUACGGAGAGAAUAGUAAAUGCAACGUUGAACUGUCAGAAGAGUACAUUGACGACAUAAAUAGAGAAGUAAUUAGUUCAAAUGACCGAUUGGAUCAACUGGAAGAAAGUCAAGAUGACGAUGAUUACAGUGAAUAUCUAGAGACACUUGAGAACAGUAAUGCCACCUUGGAGCAAGAACAUGUUCUGGAUAACAAUGGCGGUAAGAAAAGUAACGUUAAAUCUCCUAAAAAAAUAACUACAAAACAGCCAAUUGACGAAGGACAGAGUCAAACCAAGAUAAAAAAAAUACAGCCUAGAAAGAGGAAAUUCAACAAUAUUAGCAACAUGAAUGUGGCAUCAAACUUGAAUUUGUCAAGUGCUCCUAAAAAACCAAGCUUGCAAAGUAUUUCGAGCACAAAAAAAUCUUUUGAUUAUGACAACAGCAUCGACAAUUUUUUUCAAAACAUUGCACAAAAUGUUAAAAAAUUACCUCCAAAGAUUCAAGCUGACAUAAAAAUGGAUGUGUGUAAAAUUGUGUCGGAAGCUGAAAUUUGUUAUAUGAAACAUAAUACACUCCAGAGAGUUCAGAAAUAUUCCAACAUGCCUGGGAUGAUUAAAAAACUAGUAUUGGUCCCAGCCCACUUGAUAGAUAAUCAAAUUAAGACUAACAAGCAUUAAAAAUUUAUGUUAUGGAUUUAAAAAAUAACAAAUCCUCAUGAACGACAGUAAUAUCACUCCAAUGUGUACAUUUUUAACGAGUACAUAUUUUUUUAAGACUUAAAAUUUGUAAAUAAAUGAAACGGA